GAACUCCCUGUGGUACAGUCUGCCUAUAAGAAAACGCUAAUAUUCCUGAGAAGGUCCACUCAUCCAACCGAAUACGUCUUCCUCCGCGGUGGAAACACGAUCAACCACGGUGAUAUGCAGUCAGUUUGCACUGAGUUACUGGCAAUCUGCGCUCCGGGUCCUUUCCAGCAAGACACUGACGCAUGUGCUAUUCCAAUAAUACACAAUACAACCGUACCAUACAUUUAUGAUGCAUAUCGCUCGUGGAGCCAUGGAGACAAAUAUUUGGACUUUGAAGGAGGCGAACGGGGACAAGCUACUUACAACGGUCGUAAGGCCUUCGGAACUCCUCUUGCGUUUUCAUCAAAUGAUCCAGAGGUCGUUGAGUACCAACCCCAUAACAAAUACGGUAACGAUUACUGGAUGGUCCAACUACUUAUGGAUUGUGCGAAGACCGAACGUGGAUGGUUUGAUGUCAAGGGUUAUAUGUCCUCUAAUAAUUGGAACGGUUGGGAACCAGACGUAAAGCAAAGCAAAUGUUCCGGUACUAUUGGAGGAGCAGCACCAUACUCGUCAAAAAAUCACAUAGCGAAAUGCGGCGCUGUGAAUGUAUUCACUUGGGGCAGUGGCGAAUGUGUGAUCGAUUCCGUU